GCCUUCUGUCCCUCAGCUGCUUCUCCUCCUCUCCUCUGGGCCACCUCGCCAGCUCUCCACGCCCCUGGCGCCCGCAGGCACACUGCUUCAGGCCCUGAGCUGUCACCACACCCCAGGCCCCGGACACGAUGCAGGCCAUCAAGUGUGUGGUGGUGGGAGAUGGAGCUGUGGGCAAGACCUGCCUCCUCAUCAGCUAUACCACCAACGCCUUCCCCGGAGAGUACAUCCCCACCGUGUUUGACAACUAUUCAGCCAAUGUGAUGGUGGACAGCAAGCCCGUGAACCUGGGGCUGUGGGACACGGCUGGCCAGGAGGACUAUGACCGCCUACGACCGCUCUCCUACCCACAGACGGACGUCUUCCUCAUCUGCUUCUCCCUCGUCAGCCCCGCCUCUUACGAGAAUGUCCGCGCCAAGUGGUACCCCGAGGUGCGGCACCACUGCCCCAGCACGCCCAUCAUCCUGGUGGGCACCAAGCUGGACCUGCGGGACGACAAGGAGACCAUUGAGAAGCUGAAGGAGAAGAAGUUGGCACCCAUCACCUACCCGCAGGGCCUGGCAUUGGCCAAGGAGAUCGACUCUGUGAAGUACCUCGAGUGCUCAGCUCUCACCCAGAGAGGCCUGAAGACAGUCUUUGACGAGGCCAUCCGUGCUGUCCUGUGCCCUCAGCCCACACGGCCACAGAAGCGUCCCUGCAGCCUUCUCUAGGUUGCACCCGGCUCUCCCUCCCACCCAAUGAAUGGUCUGACCCUCCAGGCCCCCAAAGGCACCUCGGCUGGCCCUGGCGUCCCCUCCUUGUGGUGUUUCUAGCUGGCUGCAGAGCUUGGCUAAUGUUUCCACGCUGGAAGCCCCAGGGGCCAGCAGCGGGGGGACUUUGCAGGGGCUGCCUCUUCCCUCCAUACUCCUGCCCUCCCGGGGACGGAAGGGGCCCCAUAGCCCAGUAAGCACCUGUGUCACAAGGCAGCCUGCACCCACUCUCUCCCACCCCACUUGCCAUCUGACCCUCCUCUGAGAACUUGGAGCACCGCCGUAUACCUCUGGGGGGCCACUGAAUAUCUCCAGGGACAGGGCUCAUCCUCUGGGGUUGUCUGAAAGUCCUCCUUCAAGCUGUCAAGAUGCAUGUGUUGGAUGUGUGCUCUGGUCAUAGUUUUCCUUUGUUGGGAUGACAUAAAUCAAUUUCUCUAAACCGCUGUGGGUAUCUGCCAUGCUAUUCAAGAGUGUAAACCCUGACCAUUGUGCAAGACUUUUCCCUCUUCUGGCAGGGUUCUGAGUGUAUGUUUCUGGAAGAGUCUUAGGACUUUCGUACCCUGUCAGGCAGGACUCUUGCUAUUGCAGAUAGAAAAGCUAAUUCAUCCUGCUUAAAUGGAAAAUAAAUUUAAUGAUUCAA